GCCACUUACAGUCGAUCCUCGAAGACACUUCGAAAACCUUCCACAAACCAAGCGAGAAACCAAAUUUGACGAUAAAGAAGAUAUGAAUCCUCAAGCCGACAAGAUAGUGAGGAGGAUCACCACGGUGGCUACCGUUACUGCUUCGUAUUUCCUCUUAACCGACGAUUAUGGCCCUGAAUCUAAUGUUCUUGAUCCAAUUAAGAACACGAUACUAUCAGCACAAAGUUCUGUGAAAGAGUUCAUUAUUGGAUCAAGGAAAGAACACCAAGAAGUUCGCUGACUUCCAACAGUGCGAAAGAACACCUGUAGGAUAAAUUGAAACAGUUGUGAGAGGAUCUAUUGAAUAAGGCUUUUAUGGUCUUAACAUUGAGGCAUGCCUGCAAAAUGUAUAUGAAUGAGAUCAAUCUUCCUUGCCCCUUUUGAGAUUUUAACAGGGAAGUUUGGAUGUGUAGUAAGUGUGUACUUUGUCCCUUCCUCAAUUU